UAACGCCAAGUAUUCGAAUCGAGGUAUAAAUAGACGAAACGGAAUCACAGGGCAAUAAAAUUUUACCGUAUUCGCAAAAAACCAAAACAGCAUGAGUCUACAGGGCAAAUAUACCUUCGUGAAAGACGAAGGAAUGGAUGAGUUUUUUGCAAGCCUUCCCCCCGACGCUUUGAAGGCUGCUGCCUAUAAAGAAUUAGAAAUAACCGUUGGCGAUGGCGUCAUUAUUGCCAAAAGCCCUGAACGCGAAAAGAAGUACGAUAUUACUCAAACGGUUGAAGAAACGUUUCCUGACGGCAAGAAAGGCAAGACAACCGCUACAUUAAAAGGUAACGUCUUGACCGUGGAAACUGUAGGCGAGCAGGGCUUGUUUAAAAGGAUCUUUUCCGCAACUGCGUCGGGAUUGGAAGUGGUAGUGAGUAACGGCAAAGCACAAGGCAAGCGCAUCUUCUCGAGGGUCUAAACUGUGAAAUGUAUUUAGCGAAAUAAAAUAAUUUAUACACACCUG